UUAAUCUCCAUUUCUUUCUGCACGCUUCACUAUGGAGGUUGCCACAGCAGCUUCUAGCUUCGCACUCAACAAGCCCAUGCUGGCAUUGCCGUCUUCGUCUCGAACCGGAACCCCUAUCAGAGCCAUGAACUCCUCCUCCCUCAGGACCUCUCUCUCCACCAACUUCGUCGCUCCUUACGCCGGAAUCAGCAGCGCCUCUAGCCUCUUCUCCGGCCACAAGCUCCGACCCUCCUCCCUCAAUCCGGCGUCGUUUCCUGGUUCCAGCCCCAAACGAGGCGUCGUUACUAUGGUUAUUCCUUUUUCAAGAGGAAGUGCAUGGGAGCAACCUCCACCGGACUUGGCUUCUUACUUGUAUAAAAAUCGAAUUGUUUAUUUGGGCAUGUCUCUUGUUCCAUCUGUCACUGAGUUAAUACUAGCUGAGUUUCUUUACCUUCAAUAUGAAGACGAUGAUAAGCCUAUUUACCUAUACAUAAACUCCACUGGGACAACCAAGGGAGGUGAGAAGUUGGGUUAUGAGACUGAGGCCUUUGCAAUUUAUGAUGUGAUGAGGUAUGUCAAGCCUCCUAUUUUUACUCUUUGUGUUGGUAAUGCUUGGGGAGAAGCAGCCUUGCUUUUGGCUGCUGGUGCAAAGGGAAACCGUUCGGCUUUGCCAUCAUCAACAAUAAUGAUAAGACAGCCAAUUGCAAGGUUUCAAGGUCAAGCAACAGAUGUUAACCUUGCGAGACGAGAAGUCAAUAAUGUGAAGACAGAAUUGGUUAAAUUGUAUGCAAAGCAUAUUGAAAAAACACCCGAGCAGAUUGAAGCUGAUAUUCAGCGUCCGAAGUAUUUUAGCCCCAGUGAAGCUGUUGAAUAUGGAAUCAUAGAUAAGGUAUUAUACAAUGACAGGGGCACUGAAGAUCGUGGAGUUGUUUCUGACCUUAAAAAGGCACAGCUUAUUUGACAGUUGGAAUUUAAAUUGCUAUUUAUUUGGAGUUUUCAGUUGGGUGCUUACUUCGCAACGUGUUGGAGACAGAUGUAAGGGAGACAUGGGAAUAUGCAACCUUCACAUUUGCUGGUCCGUUAGUCUUGGCUGUGUAUAUUUUUUUUGCAUUAUCUAAUUUUAAGUGGUAUGUCACGUUGAUGGAGUCUGUUGUCAAAAUUGAUGGCCAUUAUAGUGAUUUUACUUUUUGUAUUUUUAAAACAAUAUCCCCUUUUGUUUCCUUUUUCAGCAUUGACUUUUGUUUUUGGAGGGGGGAGGGUUGAAAUAAAGAUAGUACUUUAAUAUGUAGAAUAAUGGUAAAAUGUGUGCUGCGCUAAAUAUGUUAACUAUUCCAAUCAAAGACUGUUUCUGCGUGGUCUGAUAUAUUUCUCAUGGAAUUGUUCC